AUGGAUGCGCUGCUGGGUGGUCAACGUGUGUUGUCAAGCUUUGAUUAUGGUCGACCAUUCUUGGCCAGAUCUUCACAAAGGAUACCGAUACAUGUAGAGCGGCAAAUGAUUCUCGAACGCAAAGAGCAAGUCAUGUUUGGGUAUCUUCGAGACGUGAUGAAAAAGAUCAUCAAAUUCGGGCCUGCGGAAUCCAUCAGCAGAAACAAAUGCACAGAGACACACCGUGUAUUAGUAGAUACUUAUAUAAUAGAAAUGGCUAGAAACCAACGUCGAUCUGCUCCAUCGCGUGCUGCUCCUUCUCGACCAGCAUCUACCACAUCAUCACCCCCUGUUGCUCAACACCAGCAAUCACACCCUGUCGCCCCUAUGCAACAACAACAAAAGCAACCAGGUCUAUUCGCUCAAAUGGCCACAACCGCUGCUGGUGUUGCCGUUGGAUCAGCCGUCGGCCAUACACUAGGCGCUGGACUUUCUGGAAUGUUUGGAGGUUCAGGUCACCAAAACCAACCUCAAGAAGUGCAACAACAAGCUCCUGCUCAACAACAAAACCAACAACAAAAUAAUGCAUGUGAAACGGAUCAACGCGCAUUCAUGAAAUGUCUGGAUUCAAACCAAAAUGAUAUUGGUGCUUGUGAAAACGCAAUGACUGAUUCGGGCGUAUAUGUUGGCAAGGAUCUCGCAAAGGUUGUUGAUGGUAGCAAGGCUGUCUCAAACCUUGUCUCGCACAUCAUUGCCGCCACAUCAUCGGAAUUCCGACAUGCCAGUGCAAACGAUUUGAAGGAGCUCAUCCACGAAGGUGGCUGUGAUCUCGUCCACAAGUCUCAAAUCAUAGACUCUCUACGUACCCACUUGAACAACCAAAAACAACCAGCUGCUCGUGAAGGCGCCUUGGUAAUCAUUACGUCAUUAUGUGAAAUAAAGGCCUUGGAACCAUACCUUGUCCCUCUUUUGGGCUUGGUUUUGGACCGUCUCGCUGACAAAAUCAGGACUGUACAAGUAGCUGCUACUCCUGCUUACAAGGCUUUGGCUGACAUGUGCAACCCAAAUGCUAUUGCUUCAGUACUCCCAGUUAUUUAUGAAAACAUGGCCUACCAAAAGAAAUGGCAAACAAAGGCUGGUGCUCUCGAUCUCUUGUCUGGUCUCAUAAAGUCUCGUCCAACUCUAUUGGCUCCUCGUGUACCUGACAUGAUCCCUCUAGUAAGUGAAUGUAUGUGGGACACCAAAGAUGAAAUAAAGACCUUAGCUAGAGCUACCAUGAACGAAGUCUGUGGCCUCAUCAUAAACAAGGAUAUCGAAGAAUUCAUCCCCGCUUUAAUCGAUUGUAUUGCCCACCCCGAAAAAGUACCCGAAACAAUCCACUUGUUGGGUGCAACCACAUUUGUAUCAGCUGUAGAAUCACCCACUCUUGCCAUCAUGGUUCCUCUUUUGUCUCGUGCCAUGACUGAACGUCGUAAUACUGCCAUCUUACGUAAAACUGCCCUCAUUAUUGACAACAUGUGUAAAUUGGUUGACCAGCCAGACAUGGCUCGUCCAUUCUUGCCAAAGCUUUUGCCUGGCUUGAAGAAGAUUGAAGAUGAAGUAUCUGACCCUGAAUGUCGAAGUGUCGUUCAAAGGGCUCAUGCUACUAUGUUGAAGGUCGCCGAUGCCAAGGAAGAUGGUACUUUCACUGAAAAGAAGGCUGAAAAGAAGGAUGAUGUACCUGCCAUCAUUGCUACUCUCAAGGAAGCCAUCAAGGCCCACUCUACUUUUGAGGUAGAUGCCUUUGCUGCUACCUCUAUUGAAUAUAUUGCCCACAUGAUCUCUGCCUUGGUUGCCAUGAAGGACUUCGAAGAGGCCGAAUGGACUCCAUGCAUUGUACCGUACUUGUCUGGCUUCAUUUCUACAGUUGAUGCUGAAAAAGUUUGUGCUGCUGCCGUAGUCAAGCUCGCCGGUAGUGGUGAAGACGACUUUGUACCUGAAGCAGAUGAAGAAGAAGGAGAAGACUUGUGUAAUUGUAAAUUCUCUUUGGCUUACGGUGCUAAGAUUCUCCUCAACCAAGCCGUCUUACGUCUCAAGAAGGGACACAGAUAUGGUUUAUGUGGUGCUAACGGUUCCGGUAAAUCAACCCUCAUGAGAGCCAUCUCAAACGAGCAAGUAGAAAACUUCCCUCCACCCACCGAACUCAAGACUGUCUAUGUCGAACACGACAUUGAUGGUUCUCAAGCUGAAACUAAAGUAAUAGACUUUGUCGCUGAUGACGAACGUAUCAAGGAGAUGAAUAAGACCAACGAACAAGUCGCUGCUACUUUAAGCUCUGUCGGAUUCACUGAAGCCAUGUUGAAUGCUCCAGUUAUGGCCUUGUCUGGUGGUUGGAAGAUGAAGUUGGCUUUGGCUCGUGCUAUGCUUUUAGAAGCUCAAAUCAUGUUGCUUGACGAACCUACCAAUCACUUGGAUGUCGUCAACGUAGCUUGGUUGGAAAACUACCUCAACAACUUGAAGGAUGUUACUUCCAUCAUUGUAUCUCACGACCCCAGUUUCUUGGACCGUGUCUGUACCGAUAUUCUCCAUCUAGACCGCUUCAAGCUCCGUCGUUACAAGGGAAACCUCUCUGAAUUCGUCAAACGUGUACCUGAAGCUAAAUCAUACUAUGACUUGUCGGAGACUUUAAUUGAAUUCCGAUUCCCAGAACCUGGUACCUUGGAAGGUGUCAAGACAAAGGAACGUGCCAUCGUCAAAAUGACUGGUGUAUCGUUCACAUACCCUGGAUUCGACAAGAAGAUCAUUGAUAAUGUAUCCUUCCAAUGUUCUUUGUCGUCUCGUGUCUCAGUUGUUGGUCCCAACGGUGCUGGUAAAUCUACACUCAUUAAGGUCUUGACUGGUGAAUUGGAAGCUGAUGGUGGACAAGUAUGGAGGCAUCCAAACUUGCGAAUUGCUUACGUCGCUCAACACGCUUUCCAUCACAUUGAACAACACUUGGAAAAGACUCCCAAUCAAUACAUUCAAUGGCGAUACGCUUUCGGUGAAGAUCGUGAAGAAGCUUCAAAGAUAACGAAGCAAAUCAGUGAAGAAGAAGAAAAAGCCAUGGCCAAGAUACACGUUAUUGGUGGUCGAAAGCUGCAAAUCGAAGAUGUCUUACGUCGUCGUAAAUUAAAACAAUCGUACGAAUACGAAGUCUCAUUCGUUGGAUGCUCCACCGUCGACAACUUGUGGUUCCCACGCAAGCAACUCAUUGAAGAGUUCGGUUUGAGCAAGAAGGUCAACGAAGUUGAUGCCAAGGAGGCUGCUGCUGCUGGUCUUGUCAAGCCUUUGACAUCAAAGUCAAUUGAAAAGCACUUGGCUGAUGUUGGAUUGGAAGCUGAAUUCGCUACUCACUCUCACAUUAAGGGUUUAUCUGGUGGUCAAAAAGUCAAGUUGGUCAUUGGUGCUGCUAUGUGGAUGAACCCCCACAUGGUCGUCCUUGACGAACCUUCCAACUACUUGGAUCGUGACUCACUUGGUGCCCUCGCUACUGCUAUCAAGAACUAUGGUGGUGGUGUUAUUAUGGUCACCCACAACCAUCAAUUCUCUGAAGCUUUAUGUUCUGAAGUGUGGAAGGUCGAGAACGGUCUACUGAUACCUUCAGGUCACAACUGGGUCAAGGGAGAAGGAGCAAGCAAACUCGAAGGCAAGGAAGCCGAAGAUAUGCAUGAUGCUAUGGGUAACGUGAUCAAGGUGGACAAGAAGGUGAAACUGUCCAACCGUGAGCUCAAAAAGAAGAAGAAGCUCAAUAAGAAGAAUGGUGUUGAAGACGAUGACGAUGAAGAUUAUUAA